AAUAUAAAUAAGAGUACAAUAAUCGUACGCAUCAGAAAUCACUUGAAAUCUAACAUUACGGUUUGUAAGAUUUGACAAAUUGGCAAAAUUAAAGAAAAAGUGAAACAUGAUUAAGUUGUCUGUCAACACACAAACCUUGCUUGCAGCACUGAGUAUAGGUCUCUUUGUAUAUUACUUUAUCAAACGAAUGCGAUAUCGUCUGCCGCCAGGACCUUGGUGCAUACCACUUAUCGGCCAUUAUAAAAUUUACUCUUCUGUUGAAAUGCACAAGAAAGUUGCGGAGUUGUCAAAAGUAUACGGUCCUGUUGUACGACUGUCUUUUGGUACACAAACUUGGAUUUUCCUAAACACUAAUGAAGUUGUAAUAGAGGCAUUGGUAAAAAAGAAGGCAGAUUUUGCUGGAAGACCAAAGUCAGCAUCAACUGAUGCAAUAACUGCAGGAGGAAAAGACAUCGCGUUUAGUACUUAUUCGCCAACUUGGAAACUUCACAGGAAAAUAGCAGGAAAAGCUCUCAGGAAUUAUUUACAAGGGGAUCUUCUUGAAAAUAUGAUACAAGACAACAUGGAGAAAUUCCUAAAUAAAAUGGCACAGGAAAAAGGUCCAUUCAUAUUUAAAGACUACGCAGAUAUGAUGGUAUUCCACCAACUGUACACUAUUUGUUUUGGGCAGAAACUUCCUAUUGAUGACCCGGAAGUAAAAACACUUCUUAAAUUAGAAGAAAACCUGAUUGAGGAUUUUGGUACUGGCUUCGUGGAAGAUUUAAUACCGUGUCUGAAAAACAUCUGCCCUACUGCAAAGUGGAGGAAUUUUCUAAAACUGGCAGACCAACUAACAAAAUUGAUAAGCACCAAAUACAGAGACCACGUAGAUACAUAUAAACCAGGUGUCAAUAGAGAUUUUAUUGACAGUUUGUUGGCGGCAAAAGAAGAGGCAAAGAAUGAGGGAGACGAAUCCGCCCUGGAGAAGUUGGACGAUACACGUUUAAUUCAAACCAUAUCAGAUAUAUUUUUAGCUGGUGUAGAUACUACCAGAUUUACAAUGGACUGGUUUGUAUAUUUCAUGACCAGAUUCCCGGAAAUACAAACCAAAUGCCAGGAGGAAAUUGACAGGGUCAUUGGAGCAAGACACCCAUCAAUGAGAGACCGUAAAAAAUUGGACUACACGGAAGCUUGCUUGUUUGAAAGUAUGAGACUUGGAAGUGUUGCAGGACUUGGUGUCCCACACAUGGCCAUUUGUGAUUCACAAGUCGGGGGAUAUGACAUUCCAAAAGGCAUCACGAUCUUUAUUAACCACUGGGCUCUUCACAAUGACCCAAAGUUCUUUAAAGACCCAGAAAAAUUUGACCCAUAUCGUUACCUUGAUGAAAAUGGGAAAAAGAAACCUGCCAGACCCGAUAGUUGGCUUCCGUUCUCAGCUGGCAGCCGAGUUUGUUUGGGAGAAACGGUCGCCAAACCUGAAAUGCUGUUGAUGUGUGCAAACCUGCUGCAGCGAUUUGAAGUCCGUCUCCCAGAUGGCGAGAAAGCAAAUCCUGAAUACAAGCAACUAGGAUUUGGCACAGAACUUCCAUCUGAGUAUAAAGUCAUUGUAAAGGAUAGGAUCAUCAAGAAAUGAUUCGUGGGAUAUAUUAUCAAUUAUAAACAAUAUAAGAGGUCAAAAAGAAUGUCUUGCUUUUGUAUCAGAAGGCAUGAUCUGAA